AUGUCAAAGAUGUUCAUCUUUAUGUUGUUGUUGCUGUGUUUAAUAGUUACCAUUGAUGAAGGAGAAGGAUCUUAUGGUAUGGCUAGUACUGGAUAUAAACAUGAACCAUCACUGUAUAUAAGGACAUGCUGUAACAGGAGUAACUUAGGACAGGCUUUUUCUAUCAAAGAAAAUGGUAUACCACAUUAUAUUUUCUGUCCUAAUGAAUACCCAAAGUCUUGUCCAAAAGAUGAUUGUAAGAGCUUGUUUGAGGAUGGUAUUACUAAUAGUGGUGUUUAUACUGUUAAUCCUGAUGGAGGGACUCCUAUUGGAUCACAGGUAUACUGUGAUAUGGAGACUCAUGGUGGUGGAUGGACUGUAUUUCAGAGGAGACAAGAUGGAUCUGUUGAUUUCUAUAGAUACUGGACUGACUAUGAGAAUGGAUUUGGUGACCUUACUGGUGAGUUUUGGUUAGGAUUGAGCAAGAUUCAUCGUCUUACUAAAGAAGGAUCAAACACACUAAGAGUGGACCUGGGAGACUUUGAUAACAACACAGCUUAUGCUAACUACUCUACAUUCAGUGUUAGUGAUGGUAGUACUGAAUAUAUACUAACAGUAGGAGGAUACUCUGGUACUGCUGGGGAUAGUCUGGGCAGCUAUCAUAAUGGAAGGAGAUUCACUACAAGAGAUAAUGAUAAUGAUCUCAGGUCAGGAAUUAAUUGUGCUCAGCAGUGGGCUGGUGCCUGGUGGUAUAAUAGCUGCCAUUAUUCAAAUCUUAAUGGUCGUUAUUAUAAAGCUUCCCCUGAAUAUGGUAAAGGAAUUAAUUGGCGCACUUGGACAGGAUACGACAUUAGUCUCAAGUUCUCAGAGAUGAAAACUCGUCGUAACAAUUAA